CGAUAUAUGUAGCCAAAAAGUAAAAGUAAAAAUAAAUUGAUGAACAGAUGACAUUGACCUUUUUCAACUUUUAUUUUAUUUUAUUUUUUAUUAUAUCUUUUUAGUUUUCUACUACCUGAUCGCUGUUUAGCCUCUACAAAAUGGCAGUAAGUGCAAAUGUUAGAUGGUGAUUGUAUAUGGGCAGCAAAAAAAAGCACACAUGCACUCGCGUGUAGCUUACAAGGGAGGGGAGUGCAGUAAAAAUCUAACAAGAAGCGCGUCUAUUUCGACUUUUUUCUUAUCUGUGACGUUUAGGAAGAGAAAUAAUAUUACGGUCAAUUAAUACUUGAUAGUAAAAUAAAUGAACUUGGGUGUUACUUUUUUUAUACCAUAUUGAAUAAGUUGUAGGGUUUGAGUUUAUUUACAACGACAUGGGUUGGCAGUUUGCUGGUAUUCACCGCGUGGGUAUUUGUACUGAUCCUGGGGCGCAACCGCAUGUUCCGAGAUACGAUUGUUGAGCGCGCGCACGUUUACUGCAUGGAGACGCUUCCUGGGUCGAUUGAUCGGUGGGUGCGUGCAGGGAUCAGUGACGCUGUGGUUGAUAGGGCCGAGCGUGUGUGGUUGGCGCUGUUUGGGCGCAGAAACCCAGUGUUCCAGAUCAUCGCUGUUGUGCUGUAUUUCCUGGGAUUGGCCGUGUUUAUGACACAGGCGGCACCAAUGGUUCCUAACCGGUACAUGGGCGCCUGGCACUGGAUUCCGAUUAUCGCAACAUUGGCGGUCAACAUGGGCACAUACGCGGCAGCAUGUGUCGCUGACCCGGGUGUAGUCCACGCAGGCAACGUGGCACAGGCAUGUCAGGUAUUCCAGCCCGACGGGCUCCUAUACCCGGAUACACCAACCUGCCGCACCUGCCUCCUGGCCAAACCGGCGCGCUCCAAACACUGUGCGAGCUGCAACCAGUGCAUUCAAAUGAUGGAUCAUCACUGCAUGUGGCUCAACAACUGCAUCGGGCUCAACAAUGCACGCUGGUUCCUCGGUUUCCUCACCUCUUUUUCCCUCGUCUGUAUCUACGGCUCGUACAUUUUCGCCACGGUUAUCCUGGAGCUACGCCAUACGCGCGGCCUGGUAGGUGCUAUGGUCCGCAGUGAGGAGACCGGGUUGAUUGUGCCGAUCAGCUUUCGCACGUCCAUUCUUUAUUUGCUUGACCAGAACGUUAUGCUCGCGGUAUUGCUCGUGCUCCUGGUCAUAUUGACUCCGGCGAUUGUGUUGUUCACUGCGUACCAAGUGCGUAUUGUGUCCCUAGGGUACACGAGUAAUGAGGAGCAUAAGUGGCUGAAUGUCGCGGAUGCAGUCAAGGACGGUGUCGUGUUUGUGGUGGAGAGUGAGAGUGGCAGCGAGGCUGUGGAGGUUAUUGAGGUAGAGGAGCAGCUGAAGGAUCCAAGACCACGCCAGAUGGUUAAGGAUCUGGCUGAGAUCAAUAACCGGUACCAUCGCGGCGCUUGGACUAACUUGAUGUUCGUCCUGUUUCCGCCGUCUGCAGAAGCCUGCGCCCGGACCAAAUCAACGAAAACAGCACAUGUGGAGUAAACCGGUCUCACCUUUUAUUUUAUUUUUUAUCAAUGGGAUGAGGUUUACCUUGUUUUUU